UGAUAAAUUGUGUGAGUUUCUGUGAAGUGUAAAGUAAAGUAUGCGGUGGGUGGGUGGCUUGUGGUCCCCUUUAUGACUUUAUACUGUUUUUUUUGUGGUAUGGUUGUAAUUUGUGGCGUUUUUUUGGGUAUUCUUAUUUGAUAGGGUAAGUGGUUUUACUAUAUUGGUUGUGAUGUCUGAUGAUUGUUUUGAAGUUGUACUCCACCAUGGUGGCCAUUUUAUACAAACUGGUAGGUUAACUUAUAGUGAUGGGUUAACAGCUACAUGGGUAUGUGACCCGGAUUGGUGGAGUUUUUUUGAGAUUAAAGGGAAACUGAAAGAGAUGAGUUAUCAUGCUGUGAAGGAAUUGUGGUAUAAAGUUGGAAAAGGGUCAGUGUUACAAAAUAAGUUGAAGUUGUUGUGUGAUGAUAAGGGAGCAUUGCACAUGGCAGAUAUUGCUCGAAGAAAUGGGAAUGUGCACUUGUUUGUAGUACACACAGUUUCUGAGGCUGAAGUAGUUGAUAACUUUUUGGAAUACUACCCCUUAGGUGAUGACAAUGUAGAAACUGGUCAUGGAAAUGUUGAGGUACAGGGGCAGAUGGAUUGUGAUAGUGCUUGUGUAGGUGGCAAUAAUGGGGAGGCUGAAUUGCAGGAUGGUGGUAAUAAUGACAAAGAAGUUCAGUCUGAACAACCCGAUGGAGGUGAUAAGGUUGUGGAUCCUGAAUUACAGGAUGAUGCUAAUAAUGAGACAUGCAAAGAUGGGAUGGAGGAUGAUGGUAAUAACCCGGAUGAAGUUGGCUAUGAUAAGGUGGAUGGAGGUGAUAAAGAUAGAAUGGAUGAUGAUGUGCAGGGUGAUAUGGAGGGACGUCAUGAUGAGGGAGUUGAUGAUGUUGAAGUCCACAGUUGGACUGAAUCAGAACCUGAUAUUGCUGAUGCUACAGGGGAUCAGGAAUUAGAAGGUUUAGUUGAUGUCAAUGUUGCUUAUGAUGGAGAUGCUACACAUGACCAUAACUUGUGUGAGGGCAGUGUUGAAGUAGAUCUGUAUUUCAGUGAGGGAAGUCAGGAAAGUGAAAUGGGAUUAUCUGAUAACGAAUGGGUGUCAGACCACUUGGACAGUGGUGAAGAAAGUGAGGACACAGUGGGGAAAGAAGAAAACACUAAGUCAAGCUUCAUGAACUUUCGGAUGCCAAUAAACAUGGAAGAUUAUCAGUGGGAAAUUGGUACAUAUUUCAUAGAUAAGGCCCAAUUUGUAGAUGCAAUUAGGACGUAUGGUGUGCAUUCUGGUUUGAAAUUGAAAAUUCAAAGAAAUGAUAACCGCAGACUUAGAGUUAUUUGUUUAGGAGCUAAGGGAAAAUGUAAAUGGUUUGCAUAUUGUGGAUAUGUUCCUGCUAAAAACAUUUGGCAACUAAGGAAAGUAGUUGACAAACACACAUGUAGUAGAUAGUUCAAUGUGAAUUUAAUAAAUGCAAAGUGGCUAAGUGGGCAGAUGAAAAACACAAUUAGAGAUAAUCCAAGGACUAGGGCUGUGGAUAUUCGUAAGAAGAUAUCAAGAAAGUGGAACGUGAAUGUGAGUAAGUCAGUGUCACGUAGGGCAAGGGCAUUGGCCAAUGAGGAAGUUGAAGGUUCUUUUAAAGAACAAUUUAAAAGAAUAUAUGAUUAUGCCCAUGAAAUUCUGAGAUCUAAUCCGGGAUCAACUGCAAAGGUUAAAGUGGAUACAAUUGAAGGGAAAACAUACUUUAUGAGAUUUUAUAUGUGUCUUAAAGCCUGCAAGGAUAGUUUUUUUUGUUGUCGACCUAUUAUUGGUUUGGAUGGGUGUUUUCUCAAAGGGAGAUAUGGAGGUGAAUUGUUGACAGCUAUUGGGAGGGAUGCAAAUGAUCAAAUGCUGCCAAUUGCAUGGGCUGUGGUGGAAGUAGAAAAUAAAGAUACAUGAAGUUGGUUCUUGGAAUUGUUAGUUGAUGAUCUUGGUGGUCCCAAUAUAUGUUCUUCCAUCACUUUCAUGUCAGACCAGCAAAAGGUAUCAACCAUAUCGAUUAAACACUUAUUUGUUUUUCAUUUAUCAACCAUAUGGAUUAAACACUUAUGAAGUGAAUUGUUGAACAGGGUUUGUUGCCUGCUAUACAAGACAUUUUGCCAGGAGCUGAUCAGAGAUUUUGCAUGCGUCACUUAUAUGCAAACUUUAGGAAAAAAUUCCCAGGAAAAAAUCUGAAAAAUCUGAUGUGGCAGGCUGCAGUCAGUACUUAUCCACAACAAUGGGAAACAACUAUGCGGAUGAUUAAAGAAGUUAACUUGGACGCAUUCAAGCAUCUAAUAGCCAUACCCCCUAGGUAACUGAACUUAUACAAUAUUGCUGUCACUUUAACAUUGUCGAUACAUUCUUAUACAUUGUUCUCAUUUUUGUGCAUAAAUAGGUAUUGGUCUAGGUCCAGGUUCAACCCAAGACCUAUGUCUGAUACAUUAGUGAAUAAUAUGAGUGAGGCUUUCAACAGUGUAAUUGUAGAGGCGAGGAGCAAGCCUAUCAUAAGUAUGAUGGAACAAAUUAGAGGUUACUUGAUGGAUAGAUGGGCCACAAACAGAUCAAAGGUGACUGCUGCAGAAGGGCCAAUCUGCCCGAAAAUUAAAUCAAGAAUGAAACAGGAAUCUAAAGAAACCAAAAACUGGUUACCAAGGUGGUCUGCAGAAAAUUUUUUUGAGGUUAGGCACACAUUCAAUGGGGAAAAAUAUGUUGUCAACCUAGAUACCAGGGACUGCAGCUGUAGGAAAUGGAGUAUCACAGGGCUCCCUUGCUGUCACUCAUUGGCUGCAAUGAAAUUCCUGAAUUUGGAUGAAGAAGACUUCAUACCUUUAUGCUUCAAGAUGUCAACAUAUAAGGAGACUUACCAGCCAAUAAUAUACCCAACCAAUGGACAACACCAGUGGGAUGUCACAGAAUAUCCAGAUGUUUUACCUCCACCAAAAAGAAUCCUACCAGGCAGGCCAAAGAAGAAAAGACGUCUAGAAGCUUGGGAGUUAAAGAAGAAAGAUAAAAAGGUUAUAUCUGUGAAUAGAUCAGGU